AUGCAACUUCCGAGUCUUCUUCGCCUGUCACUGGGACUCAUAGUGGCACUGCCAACGCUCGGUGGUGCAUUUCCACAUGGAGCUACCAGUGAAGCCAAAAGUACAUCAAACGAUUGCAAUCGAACUUGUCUAUCCAACAUUGUUGAACAAUUCUUGGACUCGGUGGUGAAGCAUGACCCGUUCAGUCUGCCAUUGGCCUCGGUAUAUAAGGCAACCGAAAACUCGCACGCAGCAGCUCUCACCAUGAUGACGCUAUGGCGCACUGUUACAAAGGUGACCAAGCCCAACCUUUUGGCAAUCGACUCCAAGCAAGGCACGGUCUACUUCUCUUUAGACAUAAACGAAGGGGGUAUUACAAAUAUCCUUCGUACACGGCUAAAGGUUGUGAAUCGAAAGAUCACCGAGCUUGAAAUAUUUGUGAACCGCUACCGCGGCGAGCAUGGUUUCUCCUUCUCGGCUGAAGAACUUCCAUCCAAUUACGCAGUUUUGAUCGAGGCCCUUUUUGCUACCUCGAGCGACUUUGGAGUCGCCGUCAGCGAUACAUGCCAAUUCACCGAGAUCGGCUGGAAGGUUGUUGAUACGGGGGUCUAUGCAAAUGGCACAACGGACCCACUUGGUUGUUCUUGGCCAGAUGCGCACCCUACAGACGACAAAGCACGCGUUGCUCUUGUCAUUGACGAGGAGCUGGGCUUUGUUGUUACCAGCGGCAUGAUUCCGGGUAUUAUCUAUCCCUAUCAGAACGUCUCUGCUUUCAUCCCAGAUGCUAUGCCCACUGCGCAAGAGGCACAGGAUGUGUGGUAUGCCUAUGCGCAAGCCCAGGGAGAGGGACCACUUGUGGCUCCUGCUGCAGGAAUGGGUGAAACACUUGAAGUGCUGCAGUACUAUAAUGAUGAGUUGCAGGCCAUGCAGAUCAACGUUUACUUGAACGCCCCGAAUGCGACCUCUCUCUGGUUGUAG